AGGAGAAAAAAUACCCUUAUCUCUGCCUCCCUGAGAGAGUUGGGCCUUGGCCCAAAGCCCUGCAGUAGCUUAGGAACUCGAGCCUCCUGGACUUGGGCCUCUUCACCGAGUGGCCAGUGCUUUUCAGUUCCAGAGGCUUGUAGGGUCCCUGCCCCAGGGAGCUCAGGCUGGCUAGGACGGCAGCGGCCCCUUUCCUUGGUGGGGGCUCUCCACACUGUUGACGGGACCCAGAUCUAGGAGGGCCCAUCAGUAGAGUUUGGGAGCUAAGAGAGAGUAGCCCCAUGAUGUGGGCUAACUAUGAGCUGACAUUUCCUCACCCCAACACAACCUGCAGACCUAAGAAUCUUCCUGGUGAGAAACGAGUCCCCCUCAUCCUCUUUCCAAACAUGUCAGAUAGUUUGGGCUCAAGUAUUUUGAGGCCGACUCUGCUACCAGGCACUGAGCUGGUAUUUUCCACAUUCACUGCCUUUCUUCGUGCUUGCAACAGCUAGCAGGGCCCCACAGAUGAGGAAAUCUGUAGGCCAGAGGGGUUGAAUGAUUUUCCUGUGGUCACCCAGCUGGUUAGCAAUCGUAUUUUGUCAUCUCGGACCAGGUUUCUAUUGCCACAUCGUCAAAGCGCAACCUGUACGGACCAGAGGGCCACCGAGUCCCCAGGCCUCCCUGCCCUGGGCCAGCCCUCGGGAGCUUGCAGGAGCGGCCAUUUGCAGUGCUGGGCGGAAAAGGACCGAGGGCUGGGGCCUAAUUGUUCUACUGGCGAAGGGUCUGUUCUGUGGCCCCUGCCUCAGACUCCCAGCCCACAGGUUCCUGGAAGCCAUUCCUUCCCCUCUUGAUGGUGGCAGGAUGGGAACGGGAAGCAGGGCCUGGGACAAGCAGGGCUGGUGCAGGUCAGGUCAGGAGGUCUGUCAAAGGGCUGAGGUACGGCAGUAACUCAUGUGAUCUGAGGCACAUGUGAAUCAGGAAGGGGUUGGUUCUAGGAAACAAGCUUGUCCAGCUGUUUGCAGCAGACAGGGAUUUAAGAUAAUUGACUACUUCCAAGGUGUCUGGGAAGGCCAGAGAAGGGGUGCCUCCGGGAGCCAGCCUCGGCACUGCCAAGUUCCAGAAUAGACCACCCUGCCUGCAGUCCAGUUCCUCUCAGUGCCCAGAUGCUGGGCCUGGACCCCGGAACGUGGGUGGGCCUGCCAGUACCGCCCCUUGACACCCACGAAACCUGAGCGUGCUGGCACUGCUACAGAAGGGCUGAGCUCCCAAAGCUGCCAAAUGGCCCCGGCCUGGUUUCCUCUGCCCACAUCAUUCAGAGGGCAUCCAGUGAGUAGGCCAUAUGUCUCCCACAGACCUCAAGCACAGGGAAGUCUAGAAAAUGUCCUCAGAUGUAGGAGGUAGUGUUAAUCCUUAGUGUAAGAUUGAGGUAAAGGGCCUGUGUAAGGGCCCCAGAUGGCCUCUGACUCUCCCACCCCCACCACAAAUAUGCCACAGUGGACCUCCUAUUAGGAGGAGCAGGAGGGUGGGCGCUGAGCAUGGGCAGCAGCCGCAGUCCAGGGGCUGCAGGGGCCGUGGUUCUGGCGAUAAGAAGUGCAAAAAGCGUAGCCGGUGCAAGGAAACCUACUUGAUGUAUAUCUACAAGGUGCACCCGGACAUCGGCAUCUCUUCCAAGGCCAUGAGCAUCAUGAACUCAUUUGUGAACGAUGUGUUUGAACGGCUGGCUGGCGAGGCUGCCCGGCUGGCCCAGUACUCGGGCCGGACCACACUGACAUCCCGGGAGGUCCAGACGGCGGUGCGUCUGCUGCUGCCCGGAGAGCUGGCCAAGCAUGCUGUAUCUGAGGGCACCAAGGCCAUCACCAAGUACACCAGCUCCAAGUGACCCAGGGCCUUCCAUUAAUAAAGAGUGAGCUGCUCCAAAAAAAAAAAAAAAAAAAAAACCAACAACAACAAAAAAAACAUCGUACUGUAGGUCUUCAUAGCCACCUUUUCUUUUUUCCCAGUCACUUCGUUUUUACUACUUCACAUUUUCAGCAAACAAAUAAAGGUGCAAACAGGGUUUAUUUCACAUUAAUAUAUUAACUGUUUUUUUUUUGUUUUUUGUUUUUUUGUCAAAUAAAUAGGGAAUUCUCUUUUAAAUAACCAUCUCCUCCCUUCUCGGCCAGUCCAGAAGCGAAUGAAAGCAAAUUUUAGUACAUCCAGGAGGCAUAUCACCAAUUAUGUAUGAAGCUUAAAUGGACAAGUUUUUUUUGUUUUUUGUUUUGUAUAAAUACCAGAAGAGGGAAAGUUUAUUUGAGAUGCAGGAUUUGGAAAGGCAAGCCUGGGCUUUUAUUGGGAGUUGAAGCAUAAACAUUUUUGAGUUCCCCUAAGAUGUCUGGACUAACGUAACAGACUUCUUUGUUCACAGCCAUGACUUCUAAUCUUAGAUUUGUGACACCCCCGGGGGUCUCCACAUAUCUCCGGAGGUCCUGUAAAAUUACCUCCUCAGAAUGCCAAGUAAAAUAAUUUAAAUUCACUUAAAAAAUAUGCCACACAUGUCUGCAGGCAAAGAAGGCUGUCCUGGAGUCACAAGAACACUUCUAAGUAUUAGAAAAGCUUGAUCCCUGUCGAUUCCAUUUUAGUCUCAACCAACUGAUGAAUAAAGGACAUUGAGCAAGA